AUGGGUGACGACACGCCGAACAACUUGAAGCUCGAGGAGAAGGAGGCGGGUACCGAGUCAUCAGAGCUGGGCCUGGAACCGGAGACCCAAGCCCAACCUGCGCCGCCUCCUCGGAGUAUUUCUGGCUGGAAGUGGGGAUUUGCUUACUGCUCCCUCUUGUCCGUCACGUUCCUCUUUUCCCUCGACAACACCAUUGUCGCCGCCAUCCAGCCCUCCAUUCUCGAAAGUCUCGGCAGCGUCAACCUCCUCGCAUGGAUCGGCGUCGGUUUCCCCCUCGGCAGCACGUGCGUCCUUGCCUUCUCCAAGGCCUACGGCGUCUUCAACAUCAAAUGGCUCUUCAUCUUCCAUGUUCUUCUUUUUGAGGUCGGCAGUGUCAUUUGCGGUGCCGCGCCCAACAUGCCCGCCAUGAUCUUUGGGCGCGUUAUCGCCGGUGUCGGAGGAUGCGGCAUGUACUCGGGAUCUCUCACGUAUCUCGCUGCCAUGACGAGCAUGGCUGAGAGGCCCCUCUACACUGCUGGCGUUGCUGUUGCCUGGGGACUGGGAAGCGUACUUGGCCCCGUGGUCGGCGCAGGAUUCGCCGAGAGCGGCGGCACGUGGAGAUGGGGCUUCUACAUCAAUAUCCUCAUCGGUGCCGUUUUCGCCCCCUCGUACAUCUUCCUGCUGCCAGGUCUCACGCUCCAGAACACAGCCAAGACGAUCGGGGAGAAGCUCAAGAUGGUGGACUUUGUCAGCAUCAUCAUUUUUGCCGGUGGCGCCGCUUGCUUCAACAUGGCUAUCACCUUCUCGGGAUCCGUCUUUGCUUGGUCUUCGGGCUCGGCUAUCGCUCUCUGGGUUAUGGUCGGGGUGCUUCUAAUCGCCCAGAUCGUGACAGCUCUCUGGCAUCCCGGUGUAUCAUCCGACCACCGCCUCAUUCCGGUGCACUUCUUCAAGCGGCCCGUCAUUCUCAAUCUCGGCUUACAGAUGGCGCUGGUCUCGGGUACCAUGAUGGGUUUCGUCUACUACAUUCCGCUCUUCUUUGCUUUUACUAGGGGCGACGCCCCGAUCCAAGCCGGCGUUCGACUGCUGCCGUUUGUAGCUCUUUUGGUAUUUGGGGCGAUUACAAGCGGCUCGAUCAUGCCCAAGAACGGCUUGUACAUGCCGUGGUACGUUGCAGGCGCGGCUUUGGUCACCAUUGGCUGCGGGUUGAUGUACACGGUAGAGACCAACACUCCUCCGGCUAACGUCUAUGGCUACACGAUCCUCGCCGGUCUCGGCGUCGGUUUCUACGUUAUGGCCGGCGUCGGCGUAAACCAGGCCCUGGUUGAGCCGCACGACAUUCCCAAUGCUGUCGGCUGGCAGGCUGUCACCCAAGUCAUUGGCGCCAUCGGUUAUCUUUCCGUGGCUGGAAACAUCUUCUACAACACGGCCGUCAGCAACAUCCGACCGCUUCUGCCUGCCGACACCGAUAUUAGCUUCAUUGCCGACCUAAUUGCUGGCACAAGUGGCGAAGCGUUCAAGAGCCUCUCCCCCGAGGUGACCAAGCUUGUUAUUGAUGCCCUUACCAAGAGCAUGCGCAACGUCUGGAUUUGGUUCCUCUCUGGUGGCGCGUUGAGCUUCGUCCUCAGCCUGUUCCUCAAGCGCGAACGAUUGACUAUCCCCGGUUAA